AUGUAUUUCUUACAUAAACGUGGAGAGGAUCUAUCACUCUCGACAUGGACCAUUGUGGCCAUCAUUAUAGCUGUGUUGGUCGUCGCUUCGAUAGUAGCCUUCACAGCAUUAUAUGUCAUGAGACGGAGGCGGUCCCCCAAAGAGGAUCUGCCCAUCAUUAGCAGUCGACACCAGGUCGACCGGAAGCGAAAGACCAUGACUCCAGAAGAAAGGCAACAGGCCGAGGAAACAGAGCGCAGCUUCAUGAUUCGCAAGUCUCUCGCCAGCCGAUCGACUCUUCACAGCAUCGCCUCGCGAGACACACACAUGCUCGACACUGCACGGAGCUCUCGCGUGGUGGAUGAUGACGACGAACACCCCGAGGUACCGGAGCUUCCGACGAUCGUCGGUGAUUGGAAAGAAUGGGAAGCUCAGGCACAGGCGGGCAGGACGAACUCGAGGCCUGGAGAGCUCUCCGCUGGGGGAGAAACGCAUCCCGCCUUGGUACAGGAGCUGGAGGAUUUACAGAUCCCGGCACAAAUUAGAACAUCAUCGCCAUCACGAGACACCAAGAACGCCAUACAGCUGUCCCAUCUGCCGUCACUUUCGCCACCAACAUCACCGUCAUCAUAA